AUGGCGUGUAGUGGUGAACCGUGUUGUGGACCAUUUUACAAAUCGCCAUUUCCUCCACCUACUUAUCCACAUGCAUUAUGCUGUAUGACAUGCGCACCUCCUAUAUUAGCUCCAACUCAACCCCAACCAGUGAAACCUUUGAUGAUGCCCACGGUUUGUUGUGGAGAUGAUCCUCCCAUGUCGGAUGAAAUGGCAGAAAAGUAUCGUUACAUGAAUUUCUACAACGCUUACAAUGAAGACUGGCAUAUGUCGACACCAUCCAGCCGACCACCAAAGCAAACGCCACAAGAUACUCACCCGCCCAGCUCCAAAUGUGAAGAUUAUAGAAGAAAAAGGAAGCAACCAACGAAGGGAUGUCCGACUGGAUUCCUUCCUUGCGAUAUGAAACUAUCUCCACCGUGUAAUGGUCAUCCUUGUGGCGUAUGGUCAGCGGAAAUUCAAAAAUGUCUACCGAAACCUAAGAAAUCGAAUAAAUAUACACCGGGUCCUUGUACUAGACCAUGUUGUUUACACAAACCAGUACCCGAAUCAUGUUGUUGUUACGAUUGUCCCUGUAAAGCUCAUUGUUACGAUCAUCCUGUCGGAAUAAAACCGAAAAAUCCAUGGAAUGCAUAUCCUCCACGUUAA